AUGUUUAAAGAUAAAAAUAAAAUAGUAAUUUUGGUGUUUUUGGUUCAUUUGUCAAUUUGCUUUGGUUAUCAUGUUCAAUCUUCAUAUGGUAAAAUAGUUGUUGACUUUACUGGAUUAUAUGACCGUGUUCCACUUAAUAUAACCAUUUAUAAAGAUCCACAUCUUAAAAUUCCAUAUUUAAAUCUUAAUUUUACCUGA